AUGACAUCGCCUCAUUGGGGUCAAGCAAGAAAAGUUCUGAAGCCUGUGGGCACGCAUCCGAUCGCCGAUCAGUGGAACAACGACGGAACCAAGACCUCCCUGCGUUCUGACAUCAUCACGGAGCUGGGCCGAGAGGAAACAGAUUGGGAUGCCAUUGAUAUCCUGCGAAUUGGAUACCCCGAAGUGGACGAUUUCCCAGUCGUCAUGUUCAUUUCAGUGCCGCGAUAUUUAUUGGCACACGGUAUCCUCGAUGUACACGUGGAGGUCAAGGACUCACGUUUAGUUCGUGUCGUUGCGGACGCACCAAGAGUCCCAAAGCUCAUCCAGGAACCUCUCGAACUACCGAACAACGAGUACGAACGGAAUCUUUCUGACCAGAUUGGUGUUGGCAUCGCGGCAAAGGAACACCUUCCAGAGAAGGAACGAAAUGUCUAUGACACAAUCAACAGGUUAAAGCGAAAGGUCAACAUGGACCCAGAGAUCCAGAAGGAGCGUUUCGAAAAUUAUGAGCACAACGGAUCCUAUGUCAAAAGGCUACUGGACCAGUAUCAGCAACGGUCCUCAACAGAGUCAAGACGAUUCGGUUUCGUCGCGCAAUCCCCUGCAGUGAUGGCCAAGCAGUCCGUAGAGUACAACUUCAUCGCCGAUUGGGCCCUCAUCGCACUCAACCCUGGAAUGCAUGAAAAGGAGACCCACCAACUACAGAAUCGGUUAUAUGUAGGCAAUAUCGACAUACGUGGCCAGUUCAGCAUUCUCCAGCGCCGAAUCGACUUCCUUGAGCCCGCCCCGGAUGGUACGAUCGUCCUGAAUGGAUUAGUACCAGUGUCCGAGAUCUUCCAGCCGAGAUUUUACGAUGCAAAAGACGGCUCUGCCAAACUCAUUGUGGGAAAGAGGGGUCUGACCACCGGCCUGACCUGGGGCAUUUCGAAUAACGUCAAGUCAGUCAUCCGCCAAGUUGUAGUCGUGGGUCAAGGAACGGGAGAGGAGCGGAGUGAGAGAUUGUACAGCGAGUGGUGCGUAGUCAGCGCUAAUGGACCUCUAAAAUCCGCUUUCACCGCAGUAGGAGGUUCGGGAGCAUGUGUUUGGGAUUUGACGGGCCGAAUCGCUGGCAUGGUCACCUCUGGGUUGAGUGGAGAUGGGUACAUCAUGGACGUGACUUAUGUUACGCCUAUGAGCUGGCUGAUGAGUGAGAUGGAGGAGCAUGGCCUAGAUGUGGUAAUUCCGUAG